GGCGCCGACCUCAUGCUAAGCGCCUUGUCUCGCGCGGUGGCCCGUGGCGCUGUGCGCUGCGUCCGUGGUUCCCCGGCGCCUGAGCUUCGCGCCGCUGCUGCCGCCGCCGCCAUGUCCCGGCCGCUGUCGCCGCCGCGGGCCGCCUCCGGGGCCCCGGCUCGGCCCGCCACCGUGCUGGGCACCAUGGAGAUGGGGCGCCGCAUGGACGCGCCCGCCAGCGCCGCGGCCGUGCGCGCCUUCCUGGAGCGCGGCCACACGGAGCUGGACACGGCCUUCAUGUACAGCGCCGGCCAGUCCGAGAGCAUCCUGGGCGGCCUGGGCCUCGGGCUGGGCGGCGGCGACUGCAGAGUGAAAAUCGCUACCAAGGCCAAUCCCUGGGAAGGGAAGUCGCUGAAGCCUGACAGUGUCCGGGCCCAGCUGGAGACAUCCCUGAAACGGCUGCAGUGCCCCCGGGUGGACCUCUUCUACCUACAUGUCCCUGACCACGACACCCCCGUGGAGGAGACGCUGCGUGCCUGCCACCAGCUGCACCAGGAGGGCAAGUUCGUGGAGCUUGGCCUCUCCAACUAUGCCGCCUGGGAGGUGGCCGAGAUCUGCACCCUCUGCAGGAGGAACGGCUGGUUCCUGCCCACUGUGUACCAGGGUAUGUACAAUGCUACCACCCGGCAGGUGGAAACGGAGCUCUUCCCCUGCCUCAGGCACUUCGGAUUGAGGUUCUACGCCUACAACCCUUUAGCUGGGGGCCUGCUGACGGGCAAGUACAAGUAUGAGGACAAGGAUGGGAAACAGCCUGUGGGCCGCUUCUUCGGGAAUGACUGGGCUGAGACCUACAGGAAUCGCUUCUGGAAGGAGCACCACUUCGAGGCCAUUGCCCUGGUGGAGAAGGCCCUGCAGGCCGCAUACUGCGACAGCGCCCCCAGCAUGACCUCGGCCGCCCUCCGGUGGAUGUACCACCACUCCCAGCUGCAGGGUGCCCACGGGGACGCCGUCAUCCUGGGCAUGUCCAGCGUGGAGCAGCUGACACAGAACUUGGCGGCGACCGAGGAAGGGCCCCUGGAGCCGGCCGUGGUGCAGGCCUUCGAUCGAGCCUGGCACCUGGUCGCCCACGAAUGUCCCAACUACUUCCGCUAGGGCCAGUCCUGGCUCCAGCUGCCAAAGGUUUCUCUCUUCCGCCACCUCUUCUGUUCUCUCAUCCUGACCAGUCUGCCUUAAGUUGAUUUAACAUGGUCUUUUUUGAUUGUCUGGCUCGAUGCAAUAUUUUUCUAGAUUCCCUCCUGGCUCCCAGAUGCCUUCGCAGCGUGUAAAGCCUGGGGCUGUGGCCCACUUGGGACGUUCUUGUCUGAAUAAAGCCAGCACUUGACCGGGCUGUUGCCCGGGCCCCGAGUAAACCCCACGAACCUGUCUCCUUUACUGUCUGCAGCCUGUUUUCAUCCUGCCCGGGAGCUUACUGCCAACAGGGCAGAACCACGAGGUGGAGUCUCCAGAGGGCAGAGGUAGAGCACACGCUGCCCUCAGGAGGCUCUCUCCUGCCUUCUGUACUGAAUCCAGCCUGAGCUCUCAACAGCAGGGCUGAGGUGGCCCUCAUUCAGCUAUGCACAGGAGAAGAAAAGCAGGCCAUGCACCCUGAAGUAUACUUUCUCUUAUUCAGAAUCACCUCAGGAAAUAGAGGCAUCUAGAAAUAGAAUCCUUGGAGCCAAAACCUCCCAAUAGCGCCCCCACUGAGAAGAAGAACGAUGUUCCUGGGCACCUCCUAAGAUGCUGCAUGACAUUUUUAACAGACUCAAUGUCAGCAGUGGCUUUACUCUUGUCCUGGUGAAAGCCUCCUGUCUCCUUGUCAUCUGUAGGACUCUCAGCCUUGCCCUGGGUCUCCUGCUGUUGGAGCUGGAAGGGUGGCCUGGGUAGCCAUGGUCCCCAUUUCCCUUGGCAAACCCCCACUCCAAGCAGGGGGCACCCAACGCUGGGGAAGAAAAAUCCCAGGUCUGAGGGUUGCUUCUUGACCAUUCCCAGUGCAGAAAAAUCAGUCUAGCCCUGGCCAGGGGGGUGGAGUGUGGGCCAAGCAGCAGAAGUCAGCACUUGGAGCUUGCUUAUCUUGAAGUGAGGAAGGGGGCUCAGCGUGGAAAUGCCAGAACAAACCACCAAUCAGAAACACUCUUUGUUCUAAGAAAUGUCCCAUUUACCAUCUAGAGGGAGACACCUUGCAGACAAAAUUGUUUUCUCUACAGAAGCAGUCACCCUCUCUUGUCUUCAUCCACAAUAAAAUGCAUUCUUCCCCUAAACGGGAUGGUGUAUCGGUUACCAUUGUACAAUUAGCUAUCCUAAAAUUGAGUUGCUUAAAAUGACAGAGUCCCCCAAAUUUAGAUAAAGAUUCAAAGCAAUCCCUAUCAAAAGUCCAACUGCUUUUUUGUUUUAUCUUUUUUUUUUUUAACAAAUUCAUAAACAAAUCCUAAAAUUCAAAUAGAAGUUCAAGGGACACAGAAUAGCUAUAAUCUUGAAUAAGAAGCCUACAAUCUCUGAUUCUUGAUUUUGAAAUUUACCAAAAGCUAUAGUAAUAAAGAGAGUGGUAGUGGCAUAAGGGCAGACAUACAGAUCAAUGAAAUAGAAUCAAGAGUCCAGAAAUAAACCUUUAUAUGUACUUUGAAUUUUAGAGAAGUGUGUAAAGACAAUUCAAUAGGAAAAUAAUAGUUUUCAACAAUUGAAGCUGGGACAACUGGAUAUCCACAUGCAAAAGAAUGAAGUUGAUCCCCUUCCUCACACCAUCCACACUCACACAAAAUGAACUCUAAGAUUGUAGACCUAAAUGUAAAAGCUACAAUUACAAACCUCUUAAAAUACAGGAGUAAAUCUUCAUGCUCUUGGGUUAGGCAAUGGUCUCUUAGACGACACCAAAAGCACCAGCAACAGAAGAAAAAAAGAAUUAGACAUU